AUGUUCUACACACAUGUGCUUAUGAGUAAGCGAGGGCCAUUGGCCAAAAUCUGGCUUGCAGCUCACUGGGAGAAGAAACUCACAAAGACUCAUGUAUUUGAAUGCAAUCUAGAGAUAACCAUUGAAAGAAUUAUUUCACCUAAGGCGAAAAUUGCACUUCGAACUUCAGGACACCUUCUUUUGGGAGUUGUGCGAAUCUAUAAUAGGAAGGCAAAAUAUCUUUUGGCAGAUUGCAACGAAGCAUUGCUCAAAAUGAAGAUGACAUUUUGCCCAGGGCUGGUUGACCUUCCAAAAGAGAAUUUUGAAGCUGCUUACAAUGCUAUCACAUUGCCAGAAGAGUUUCAUGAUUUUGACACCCACAAUGUGAAUGCUAUUGAUGUUUCAGAACACGUUACUCAGAACCAAAGCAGACCAGAAGAAAUCACACUUAGAGAAUAUUACAAUAAUGAUCUACUGUUCCAAGCUGGGAGCUUUGGGGAGGAAUCUGAAAUUCUCAGAAGACAUAGCUUUUUUGAUGACAACAUAUUGCUGGAUUCCAGUGGUCCUUUAGUUGAACAUAGUUCCGAAAGCCUCAUUGGAGAAAAAUCUCUAUUCUAUGACAGUGGAGAUGGAUUUGGAGAUGAAGGGGCUGCAGUAGAGAUGAUUGACAAUCUAUUGCAAGAUGACCAAAAUAUCCUGUUAGAAGACAUGCAUUUGAACAGAGAAAUUUCCCUGCCUCCUGAGCCUCCUGAUACUAUAGUGGUAGAACCAGAUAAUUCAGAGUGUAUAUGUCUACCUGAAAAUGAAAAAAUGGAUGAAAUCACAUUAUCAAAUGAAGAACAUGGAUUUACCCUUGACCCAAUUGAUGUUUCAGACCUUGCUGAGAAAAGAAAAGGCAAAAAGAGGAAAUUGCUCAUAGAUCCAGUCAAGGAGAUCAGUAGCAAAAUUAUGCAUAAACAGCUUACUUCCUUUACGGACACACUCAUGGUUUUGGAACUUGCACCUCCUACCCGAAGAUUGAUGAUGUGGAAGAAGAAGGGAGGAGUGGACAUGCUUCUGUCAAGUCCUGCCCAGGAUAUGACUCAUGCGGAACUGAAAAUGUUGUUUACAAAGUGCUUUCUGUCCUCUGGCUUUAAACUUGGAAGGAAAUUGAUACAGAAGGAAUCAGUAAGGGAAGAAGUGGGAAAUGAAAACAUAAUAGAGACCUCCGUGAUGGAAGAGCCAAAUUCCCGGCAAGACUUAAGUCAACCCAAAACUUGGAAGGAUGUGAUCAAUGGACCUAAGUGUAGCUCUCAUGAGGAUACCAAUAAAAAUAUUAAUUCUGAGGAGGAUAUUGUUGAAGUGGUAUCUUCAGCUACUGAGGAAUCUUCCUUAACGAAUGCCAUCUUAGCACAAGAAAUUGAAAAUAGUCCAGUUGAAUUGGAGUCAUUGGGGAAUCAACAAAAUUUUGAGGCAGAGAGGUGGAAUGGAAGAAUUCUUAAGAUGUUAAAUAGCUUGCGGGAAUCCAACAAGAUGGGAAUGCAGUACUUUAGUCUGAUGAAGCUCUGCAGACACAGUGACCGAAAACAAGCUGCUGCCAAAUUUUAUAGCUUUCUUGUCCUAAAAAAACAGCGGGCUAUUGAGCUGAGCCAGAGUGCUCCCUAUGCAGAUAUCAUAGCUACAGUGGGACCAAUGUUCCAUAAAAUGUGA